AUGGAUUAUAUAAAGGAGCUCGAUAUACGGCUCGACAAGGAACACUACUACGCCGGAGAGGUCCUCUCGGGGAAGGUGGUGAUCCACACCAUUGAGAACUUCAAACUAAAAUCUAUACGCUUGCUGCUGCGGGGAAAGGCUCAUGUCGAGUGGAAAGUGUUCGUGUCUGGCGAUAAGAGAACGGUGAAGGACGACCAGUUGUACAUCGACGAACGGGCGGUAAUCUGGGGUGAACGUGCCGGCGAAGGAUUGGAUGUCACCGUACCGGUACUGAUACGCGGCCAGCACCAGUUUCCGUUCCGCUUUAACAUCCCGGAAACCAACCUACCCUGCAGCUUCGAAUCACGUGCCUGUUACAUUCGUUACUUUGUUAAGGUAACCAUAGACAUCCCGUACGCUUCACCGCCACAAGGAAUCAAAUAUUUUACUAUCGUGGGACCACAUAUCGACUGUAUGGACGAGCAAUAUCUGAAACCAGUUUCGGCACAGGACAAUACGGUGAGAUUCUGGUUAUGUUGUGCCAAAGGACCCGUCACGCUAAGCUGCUCCCUGGAUCGGACGGCUUUUUGCUGCGGUGAAACAGUCAAGCUCAAAACCGUCAUCGACAAUCAGGGCGAGAAAGGUGUGACACUGAAAGCACGGUUGGUACAGUUUUGCGAGUUUUUAGUCGAGCGAGGCGUGCUCAGGGUAACCAAAGAGGUCCAGCAUUUGGUGCUCGAGCAUAAGGGCGAACCUGUUGCGUCCAGGGACCAGCAGGAUACCUGUGCCAGCCUGAGGAUACCGACCGUUCCCACUACGCUGGUGGGCGUUAGCCGACUGGUGCAGAUUUACUACACGCUUACGGCCUGCUUGGAAUUUGAAGAUUCAAAAGAUGAUCUACAUAUAAACUUUCCCAUCACCAUCGGUACGGUGCCAUUUCGAAUACCAAACAGCAAUCUGCAACCACACAUAGGAUAUGAAGUGGCCGUCGAUCACGUGGAAGGUGGCAUUUACAUCGGGCCGGAAUUUCUCCUGGGAGAAGUAUACGAUGGCUGUAACGUUAGCGAUAACGAGUAUCACGAUGUGGCUCCGCUGUACCGUCCGGUGUACCUGACAGUGGUUCGCAGUUCUCAGCAAAUAGCGGCCGGCCGAGCGGCCGGAAGAGGCAACCGAAAAAAAUCGUCAGUCGAUAUCGAAAUCGUCGACAUUCACCGAAAGCGGUGCAGUUUAUCCGAAGAGAAAGCAUAA